AAAUAUACGUUCCUAGUUUAUGGUACAGAGACCGCCAUAUUUGCCAAAGACAAAGGCCGGUCUUUUCCGCUCGAAGCGUCUGUUGUUUCAACGCGGAAAAUUGGUAAAUGAUGGCAGCAAAUAAUUAUUUUGGGUUUACUCAUGGAGGAACCCAAUAUGGUGCGGCGACUGCUGGAGCGGCAUAUGGCGGUCAAACAGGUUACGCUGUAGCCCCAGCAGCCACCGCUGCAACUUAUGGUACACAGCGUGCCGCAGCCACUGGGUACGACACUGCGUAUCAGGCUGCAGCAGCUACUCAAGAUGUUUAUGCAGCGGCGGCGCACGCGCACGCUCAUGCGGCGGUGGCGGCGGCGUCGGCGUACGACGCCAGCAAGAGCGCCUACUACCAGCAGGCCGCCGCCGCCUACCCAGCCGCCGCGCCGCCCCAGCCGCAACCCACCUACGACGCUGCCGCCGCCAAGCCCGCCUACUCCACGCCCGCCACCUACACGCAGAACACAAUCGUGGUGCAGGGCGGCGCCCGCGCGGGCGGCGGCGCCAAGGCCUAUGGCGGCGUGUACACGCACACGCACUCGCACACGGCCACCACGGCCGCCGCCUCCUACCCCGCGCAGCCCUACACCGCGCCCGCCGCGCAGCCGCCCAAGCAAUCUGCAAACAGAGGCAAUACUGCGUACGACACAGCAUUGUAUAACGCAGCGACAAUGUACGUUGCGCAGCAAAAUAAGACUGGAGGAGGAGGUGGUUGGAAGAAUUAUAAUAAAGGUGGAGUAGGCGCCGGGCAACAGCGACGCCCGAAGCCGCCGCCGAAGGCCCAGCAGUUGCAUUACUGCGACGUCUGUCGUAUAUCCUGUGCUGGUCCUCAGACGUACAAGGAGCACCUGGAGGGGCAGAAGCACAAGAAGAAGGAGGCGGCGGUGAAGCUGGCGGCGGCGGGCGGGGGCGCGGGCGGUGCUGGGGGCGGCGGGGGCGCGGGGCGCGCGGGCGGCGGCGCGGCGCUGCGCUGCGAGCUGUGCGACGUGACGUGCACGGGCGCCGACGCGUACGCGGCGCACGUGCGCGGCAUCAAGCACCAGAAGGUCGUCAAGCUGCACACCAUGCUCGGCAAGCCCAUCCCCUCCACGGAGCCCACCAAGCUCGGCGGUGCCAAAAAGACGGUAGCCGGGACGCCCAAGAUCGCAUUCGUGGCUUCGGGGGGGCUUAGUACAGUGGCGAGCACAUCGACCAAAGAACAAAAACCACCCCAAGGCGACAAGGACAAGGAGGGAGACGAGAAGGAGGACGAGGGCGAGACAGAGCCCGAAGUGCAGCCGGUGGGGCAGGACUACAUCGAGGAAAUCCGCGGCGAUGACGGCAAGGCGCUCAGCUUUAAUUGCAAACUCUGCGACUGCAAGUUCAAUGACCCCAACGCCAAGGAGAUGCAUAUGAAGGGCCGCCGCCACCGGCUCCAGUACAAGAAAAAGGUACAACCGGACUUGGAGGUGAAAGUGAAGCCGUCGAUGCACCAGCGCAAGCUGGCAGAGGCCAAGGCUCAGCGGCUUCUGGUCCGCGAUGAGAUCUGGGCACGUCGCCGUAUGCACGAACAGGGUAUGGAGGAGGAGGAGCGCGGGUACUGGGAGGGAGGCAUGGAACCGUGGUGGCCACGUGGACCGUUGCCGCCCCACCAUCAUCAUCACCAUCAUGGUAUGGGCGUGCCGUACGGGCCGGUGGGGCGGCGGCCCGAGACGUCGGACGACCGCCACGUGGUGGCCAAGCACGCGGAGAUCUACCCGCCCGAGCAGCAGCUGCAGGACAUCCAGCGCGUCGUGUCGCACACCGAGAAGGCGCUCAAGUCGCUCUCCGACGCACUCGCCGACCAUGCGCGCCCUAAGGCACAGGCUGGAAAUAAAGCACAAAAUGACAAGAAAGAUGACAAACCUGAAGGGAAGGAAGAUGGCCGUGACAAUCAGUUGUUCUCGUUCGUGGGCGAGGGCGAGGCGGCGGCGGGCGGCGCGGAGGGCGCGGCGGCGGCGGCUGCUGGGGCGGGGACGGCGGGGACGGCGGGGACGGCUGGGACGGCGGCGGCGGCGGGCGGGCCGCGGGCGCUGAAGGGCGUGAUGCGCGUGGGGCUGCUGGCCAAGGGGCUGCUGCUGCGCGGCGACCGCGACGUGCGCCUCGUCGUGCUGUGCCACGACCGCCCCACCGUCACGCUGCUCAAGCGCGUCGCCACCGACCUGCCCGCGCACCUCGCCAAGGUCAAGGCCCCCGGCGACGAUACGAAGUAUAAAGUGGAACUGCUGCCGGCAGAGGGCGCCGUACAGGUGUCGGACGGGUCCAUCAACGUGCUGGUGAGCCUCACGUCGGCCGUCAUGCGCGAGCCCGCAGAGGGUGGCGACAUAAAGCGGGACGACAAGGAUGUGCUACCGCGGCAGAAGUGUUUGGACGCGUUGGCCGCCCUUCGGCACGCCAAGUGGUUCCAGGCUAGGGCGGCCAGCCUGCAGUCCUGCGUCAUCAUCAUCCGCAUCAUGAGGGACCUCUGCCGCCGCAUACCCAACUGGACGCCGCUCAACCCAUAUGCGAUGGAGCUGCUGGUGUCGGGCGUGAUGCAGUCGGCGGGCGCGGCGCUGUCGCCGGGCGAGGCGCUGCGGCGCGUGAUGGAGGCGGUGGGCGGCGGCCUGCUGCUGGACCACGGGCCCGGCCUGCGGGACCCCUGCGAGAAGGAGCUCGUCGAUGCUCUCGGCAAUCUGCCCCCACAGAAACGUGAAGAUUUAACUGCGUCAGCACAACAGUUCCUGCGACAAAUCGCAUUUAGACAGAUUCACAAGGUGCUGGAUAUGGAGCCGCUUCCGAAACUGAAGCACGCGACCGGCGGCUGGAAAUUCCCCCGCAAGCGCAGGCGCUCCAACACCGACACGGAGGGAGACCAGCCUAAUGGCGAAGGGAAAGUGGUCAAGACGGAGGAGAAAAUGGACGCGUCCGAGAAUAGCGCGAAAAAAUAAUUUUAAACAAACACGAUCUGCCCUUUUCACGUAAACUACUGCGAUGCUGCGGCAACGGCAACGGCAACGAGCCCUUUAAUUACGUAAAACACAGAGGUCUAUCUCGACCCGCAAACGGUUGUCGAUUCUGAUCGUAUGCACUAACUAGGGCCUUUCUAAAAAUAAACUGAUAUACUUUUAUUUACACUGCGCAGAAUUUGAAUAUUUUACGACGUUUGUAUUCGGUGUAAGUUUGUACACAUUUAUUUUCGGUCACACAAACUAGGUAACGUUUACGCGGUGAUCUGUCCAAAAUAAAAAGUAGUCCCAAAAUAUUAGUAGAGUUUAAAGUUAGGAAGAUUUUUAGAUUCUAUACUGUGUAAUCUAGUAUUAAUUUAUGAAUGACAGACAGGGAUAGCACGUGAUUCGAACAAUGGGUGGAAUUGCGUAGAUAAUGUUGUAUGUAUGGAUAAUAGGGAUUGUAAGUUUUUUCUUUUAACUACCUUAGGUUAACAGUAUUUUCAUUUGAAGUUUAGUUCCUUGGGCGCCGCGCCCGCCGGCGCGUGCGCAACUCCGCAUAGUGGAGCUAUAAUUUAAAGAAUACUUUGUUCUAUAUUAGAUAAGAUGUAUAUUUCUAAGUAUCUCUUAUACGUCUACCAAGUAGGUAGGUGUUUGUAUAUGCGAGUAUUCCAUAAAGAGACGAGAAACUUUUUUGGAAAUCAUUUAUAUAUAAUAUAUUUAUGUCAAAAUAGAAAGACUUGGUGAUAUGGCGAUGUCGAUUCUGGUAAAAUAAAAUUUAAUGCAGAUUUGUUAUAGGACACUUGUCAAUUUUACCAGAAGCAAUCACGGUAUGACAUUGCCGAACUCGGCCACGUGCGAUUCGUGAAUUUGACGCGGAACUGUAACCAGUCAAGGGAUGUUUUGUUGUAGUGGAUUCCAAAUUGUAUUUUAACCUUACUGACUUAUAAUUGAUCUGACACGAACAGCACAAAUGAAACUUGUCUGGUGUGGAAUACUUCAGGAUGCGGUCGCUACGUGUCCACGCUACGUGGAAUAUAAGUGAUCUAAAAAUAUUAUUUAUUAGAUGUCGGCUUCCCUGUAUAACCGGAGCCCUUAGAUAGAUAUUGUAAAAAAUAAACAGAUUCGACCUUAGUAUCUAUAAAAAUGCAAUCUUUGUUUAUCUAUAAGACAUUUUUAUUUUCAUUUUGUACCCUCUACGAGAAAUUAACUGUCAAUAAAGAUAAUGGCAAAAUG